AUGGAAACGUCCUCAUUUCAGGAACCCUGCACUCUUGAUUACGCUCGGUUUCACGGUAUCACCCACAAUCAUCUAGCAUCAGACCCUCUUACUCUUAUCCCACCUGCCACAAAUCGUGAUUCAGUGGCGUGCACACCAUUGACUCUAGAUACGCUGCAAGCGCGGCGUUUAUUCAAUCAAAAAGAAAAACUUAGCGUUGACAAAAGAGGAGCGGCCUUUUUAACAUCCAUCACGAGAUUCGGGGUACCGCAUUCUCUGGGUGUGGAUGCCUGUGACCCCGAAUCUUCAGAUCGUCUUAGAAUCUCGAAUAUUGCUAUAGACUUACCACUACUUCUCACGGAUCACGAACACGAUAUGUAUAUGUUUCGUGAUAUAUCGUCUCUGGACAGCACCGAAAUUUCUCUUUCAUUAGAACAGAUUGACGAUGAAAAUGAUGAAGGUUUCACGUUUCCUCGUUACGUUUGGGAUCUACCGAGUCAAAUUCAUGACCAAGUUGCAAUGGAGAAGCUUAACUGUACAAAAGAGGCUAUCCUUUUUAUGCAGCAGAUCUGGACAACUCACGAUCCUACCCCUGGGCACAUUAAAGCGAAUAUGUGCGAGCCUAUCACACCCCCCCUUCCUCCGAGAACUCCACCAUCAAUUCCUUUCAUACCUUCGUCGCCAAAUAUGGAAAUGAGGUUGCUGUCCGAGCCCCCCACUCCGGAUAUCCCCGAGCACGGAUUAAUUGAGAAUGCUCUCAUUGAAGAUUCAAGGAUGCUCUCAGAAAUGAUGCCAAGCAAUACCGCAACGAGCGGUUUUUUUCAAGACGCCUUCAGGCAAUUGGUCGAACCUGUGGAAGAGCAAUUUAUAUCAAAUAGAAAUUUUGCUCUCCCUAUCAAACGAUCGUUGGUUCUUUCCAUUAAAGUAGAUGGUCCAUUAACACCUCCGGUUUCAGCCAAAAAGCGCCGUGUAACCGAAGAACAAAAAUCGCUAGAGGAAACCUUAGCGGCCGCUUCACUCAAAAUUGAGCCGUCAUCGGACCCAGAUAUUCCUCCAAAAUUCAAGGUUCUAUUAGAAGUCUCAUCUCUUGCUCAGUCACAGGUUGAGUCUAAACUUAUCAGCGAACGUAUCCGUGGAAUUCCGGCCGAGACUCGUGUUCAGGUACCAGUUCUUGCCGAUCCGUUUCCAGAUUCACUCUGGCCUUCGACUACAUCAAUUUUGCGACUGGAAUGUUCUAGGCGUGCUGAAAGCAUCGAGAAUGACGAUACUAUUAAUAUCACUCGCUCGAGCCUUACAAUAGAAAAGGAGGAAUGGGAUCUUCGGUGGAACCCCUUUCCAGCCGGUAUUUCCCCAUUACAAGUAAUGGAAAUCAUUGAUGAAGAAGACGGAACAAAUAUGCCCUUUAUUCUUGCUCGGUCGCCUAGCAAAUUAUGCAUUCAAAAGCCGAAAGUUGCCGACGAUUUUAGAGAGAGUCUUCAUGAGCCAAAUGUCCUUUUGAAGGAAACAACACCAUUCUCGGGUGCUAUCGGCCCCGUAACAGAUGGACCAAACUCUAACGAAAGUGAUAACACCUCAAACGUUCAUUCUUCAUGGAGUAGGAAAGCCCAAAUCUUGAAUGAUCAGUCUUAUCCUAGUUUACCAAUGCCAAAAAGCGAUCUUCUUGCAUCUCAAUUUUCAGCAAGAAUACACUUAUCGAAUUUCAUGAAUGUUCGUCAGAAAGCUAUUCCAAAGGGCGUUGUCCAAACCAAUUUUCCAGGAAACAAUAAAACCGCUGAUGUUCUUUGCUCCUCCCGUGAAAAUAGUUUGGGGAAAACUUGUGCAGCAUUUGAUUGUCCGAGCUUAAAGCCGCCUAAUCUUAUUGAACCUUCGUUCCCCCUCACACUCAUGAUUUCAAACUCGGUGUUGCGAGCAUAUCAAUCCAUGAUACGCGCCCUCGAAUCCCAUCCCAUACCCAAAACACUCCUCUUUCGCGACUUUGAUUUAUUAGCUAUAGCUAGUGAAAGAGCAAUUUUGGAGAUUGAAUUUGGAAGCAAUUUACCUUCUAUUGGCCAUAAACCAUUUAGGCAACCAACGAAAGCGGGAAACAGCAAGUGCGGAGAUGCAGAUAUCAUUGUAUCCCCUACCGUCGCUAUAAUCCUGACGAGCUCUCAAGAGGUUACUCAGCGUUAUCUUCCUGGCCAUUCCUCCGCAGGUGUUGGAGUUGGUAGUAGGCUCCGCUCCCCUCUCCAAGAGAGGAUUUAUUUUACCUGUUCGAGGUACGAAUAUCUCUAUGUGUUAAUAUGUCAUCCAUUCUCCUCAAAUGGGAUAGACACAUCAAUCUGCGACAAUACUCUAACUGCCGUCCGUACUUUGACGUCUUUUUGCUCUAGCAUCUCGAAGACUUGUGCAGUAGUUCCUCUCAUCGUAUCCGCUGCCGCCGACCACGCAGCUGUAUGGAUUCUGAAUUUAGCAAAAAAGCAUGCUGUGCUUAUGCCAUGGGAUGAACCGCUUCUUGGCGGUAAAGGAGUUGUUAAUACUCAAUGGGCACCGACACCUCCAGAGGACCCAAGUUUAUGGGAGCUCUUUUUGUAUCAUGCAGGUCUUAACUGCUUUGCUGCCCAGAUGGUGCUGUACAGCCGUGUCUUGCCUUCCUGCGCUCAUUCUGAAGAAAACGACACUAAUAGAGCGCCAGCAGCCCUUUCAGCCUUUGUUGAAUUGACUUCUAGUGAAAGAAGGCGCAUGUACAAACAUAUACUUGGAGACCGGCUGAUAGAAAGGGUAAAUUCUUGCCUGAAUUCAGUGUGGUGA